GCCUACGUCGACGAAGGGUGUAGUACGAUUGUCAACGUUAAUUUUCAUAUUAUUCGGGAAACUAAAUAUACAAAUAUUGUAAUGGCCGUGCACAUUCCUACCCCCGGGGGCAUACCUCUCUUCGGUACCACUGUUCUUCGGAUAUCCAGGGAGUUGACAGACAAAGAAGUUGCUACAUUGAAAUCCGUAUGUAGUCUUAGCGAUUAUUUAACGGAGUCGGAACUUAAACCAAUACAAGACGCCCCAUCUCUUUUCAGAGCAUUACGAAAAAAUGGCACACUUUCGGAAACCAAUCUAGGCAGUUUGGAAUGGUUACUUUCAAAUAUUAAUCGGGUCGAUUUAAUCCAGAAGUAUCUACCUAAAAACUCUGGGAGCAUGGAGGUAUCAACAAAAGAAACAAAAUCAGAUGUUUCAGAGAUGUUUCCAAGUACUUAUUCAGAUAUUGAUAUUAGUAGAGAUAAAGAUAAUAUUCAGACCGCAAGUUUUUCCAACUCUUCUGCACCUUCAGCUGAUCUAUUGGCAGAAACGUCUCCUUCCACCAGUCUAUUAACAUUACGCAAGUAUCAGAAAGAACUAGCAAAACCCGCAUUGGAUGGAAAAAACACUAUAAUAUGCGCUCCAACUGGCUGUGGAAAAACUAUCACUGCCGCUGAGGUUUGUAAACAUUUGCAUGACAAAUCAGCAGAUCCAGAUAAGUUUAAGGCCCUGUUCAUUGUUCAUAUCCGUCAUCUUACUACUCAACAGAGAGAUGCUUUCAGGACGCAUUUUGAUGAAAAAGAGCUUGGUGUUUUGAAAGAAACGGAAACCUUGCAGGCCAUUUUACAAGUGAAGAAAGUUGUUAUGAUAACAGCCCAGAUUCUUGUCAAUGCACUUCACAAAAAAGAAGUUGAUGUAUCAGAUUUUGAUUUAUUAAUCUUGGAUGAAUGUCAUCACACAACACAGGAACAUCCAUUUAACAUUAUAAUGCGUACUUACCUCAUGAAAAAGAAAGAAGGUGCCAGUCCCUUGCCAAUCAUUCUGGGUCUCAGUGCUUCCCUUGGUGUUGGAAAAGACCACAAUGCUUCAAGUCACAUAAUUACACUCUGUGCCAACAUGGAUGUAACUGUUGUUUCGCACGUCCGUGAAAAUGUUGAAGAUCUAAAAAAACACGUACACACUCCAGAAUAUGAUGAGAUCUGCCGAGUGGAUCCACGCCCAAGUGUCGACAAAUUCCGAAACAUCAUUAAAGAAAUAAUGCAAGAACAGGAACAUAAGCAUCUUCUAGAAACUGAUCCACAAGAAAAAGGAAGUCAGGCAUAUGAAAGUUGGAUAGUUCAAUUUAGAAAGAAUGCAGAAAAGCUACUAAAUCGUGACCUGAAUGUCAUUUGCGGUUACCUGUUAGCUUUUAAUAAUGCACUUAUACUUUACGAAAAUUUAAGAGCCAUCGAUGCAUUUGAUUACUUAGAUGAAUAUUUUGAGGAACGUAGCUCUAGCGAUGAUCACUACAUUGCCUGCGAAAACGAACUAAGAAUGCAAUAUCAGACUUGUCACCAGAAAACGUUGAUGAAACUUGCUAGGAACGAAGAAACCAAUGAUUGUCCAAAGCUUAAGAAGCUUGUAAAACUCCUGAAAAUUGUGUUUGAAAAAAAUGAAUUAUCCAAAGGAUUAAUUCUCUGCCGAACACGAGUAAUUACAAGAGGUUUAAUGUUGUUCUUGAAUCAAGAAAAAAUAUUGCACGAGUUGGGAAUAAAACCUGAUUGUCUGGUUGGACAAGGCAAACCAGAUAUGAAAUACACAAUGACGGAAGUAGAGCAGACCAAAGUUCUUAAUCGCUUUAAAGAGGGAGAAAUCAACGUUCUAGUAGCGACGAACAUUGCAGAGGAAGGUCUAAAUAUGCCAGCAUGUAAUGUUGUUAUUCGAUUUAACUACGUUAGUAAUGAAAUUGGCACCGUCCAAUCUAGGGGGCGUGCUAGGGAGUGUGGCAAAUCCUAUCUUAUUGUUGAAAGAGGUUCAAAAAAUGAGGAACAUGAGGAGGCGAACCCAGAAAAAGUCAGAAGAAUGAAUGAAGCAUUGUUAAAUGUUGAUUGCCAGUCAGAAGACGAAUUCAGAAAUGCUGUUAUUAUACGACAGAAUAAAUUGUUAGACGAAUACGAGAAAAAAAUGUUGAAAAAGAAACAAAACCAACAAUUGGAUAGAGCAUCUGAUGUUGAAGUUCUUUGUAAGGAAUGCUCAACAUUCCUAUGUCUUGGCUCUGAUCUUCGUCAACGUGGAUGCCACUACACGUGUAUUGAUCCAGAAUUCAGGAACAAAAUCCAAGAGAAGGAGAGAAAUGGCCAAGGCUUCAGAGAUACAACAAACCUGGGAUUUAUUAAAUGUGCUGAGAAAGGUUGUGGAAAGAAAUCAAUUGGUAUUCUCGUCCUCUUCAAAGAUGGUGGUAUAGAGGAAAAAGGAUACGGAUUGAAUGCUAAACAAAUCAAGUUUAGAAAUCGAAAAGAAACGUCUAUUGGUAACAUCUGGGAUAUUAAGCAGUGGUCGAAGUCAACAUUUGAAAUCCCGCAGUGGGAACAAUAAUGUUUUAUAUUUCAGGUUACAUAUUCAUUUUAGCAAUUGUGAUGUAUUUGUAUAUUUACGACUAUGGGUAUUUAAGUCACGGUUUAACAAUAAUUGUUGAAAUUGAACACUAGAUUCUGUGGUCAUCUUUUGUUGAAAAUGUUAUUAUGUAUUAAGUACCGUUACCUUUAUAAUGACUCCUUCAUAUUAUAUAUUAAAAUAAUGCAAACAUUUAUAAAAAAUAUCAACCUAAUAUUAUAUGUACAAAAUGUUGUUACUAAUAUUGAUAUCGUAGAAUUUAAUUACAAUUCAUACAUGUGUGAGAGUUGUUAAUAUUUGAAACAUGGUACUUUUUGAUUACCGUAUGUGUUAAUAAAAAUGUAUUGUGGUAGGCCUAUUAUAAUUGUUAAUGCCUAUUGUUUAGUUAUGUUAAGUUAGAUGGUGACCUAAAUAUUCAGUUGCUAAUCGAUACACUAAAAUCUUACACUAAUUACACUUAAAUUCACCAAUCUAACACCGCUAACUCAUCAACCCACUCAAUUAGACGGUCAUAUUUUAGACCCUUAUUAUUGCAAUAGUUCAAAUUACAUUAUUUUAGCAUUCCAUUGUUCAUAUGUAGCACAUAUCUGAUCAUCAUUUUUAUAUGAUGUUAGCACAGUAGAUACACGUAGGCCUAAAUGAAAAAAAAAGAGAAGUUCCUGAUGAUGACAUAAUUAAUGUCGAACUUCAUUGAAUCCCGACACAAUGGCGUGCAUUUCGAUACUUGGAGUAUGUUUUAUACUACCUUAUCUGAGAUUAAUCAGUGGACCUUUCAGAGUAUUUCUUUUUGUAGUUUUGCAAACGUAGACUUCGAUACUAUCAAGUCUACAUUUUUUAACGUUUUCAGUAAAUUCGCUACUCCUUCCGCAGACUUUUAAUUUUAAAUAUAUAGGUAAAACUAUUCACAAAGUUUAAACUACCAGUAGAUCACAUGCUAACAAUUUAUUUAAUCAUCCGAGGUAAAUUUAUAAUGCUACAAUAAUAAGAUUAACAUUUUUCAAUCUUAUAAUCAAUGUUAUAUAGCCGGAGUUAUGUAUUAACCUAAGCUACUACGGCUAACGACAGGUACACUUUCUUUAAUAAAAGGCUUUUUCUAUGAAUGAAAUGACAUGUACGAAGCACGUGCUCCUAGGCAAUACCCAGUACCGUUACGAUUUUAAUCGUGCGGGAAAUAUACUCAUGAUUUAUUUUUAUAAUAAUUUUCCAUUAAUACUGUUGUCUAUCAUAAGUUAUACUCUCUUAAUAUAAAGAAAUUUUGAAAAUCACGUAAUGUCUUGGGUUUGACGUCAAAUGUAUGAAACGUGUAGGCUGCCGGCAUAUUGACCUCUGAUAAUGGACCUUUCCGCUAAGCUCCGCCCCUUGGAUAUUGUUGCUAAGGUCCCACAAGUCAGCAGUGUUAAAACAUACGCGAACACGUGCGUUUGUGGGACAACACGUGUGUUUGUAAGACGCGCGCGUAUUCCUAGCGCUGUUCUGAUUAGUCAGUUGUUAAGUUUGAUUGACACUCCGGAAAGAUAUAUUAGCCAAGGGCGGAACCAGCAGUGGGCCAUGAGGGCCCGUACCCCCAGUCGGUCAAGCCAAAAAAUAAAAAAAUGAGAAACAUUUGAGUUAAAAAGAGAAAAAAGGAAAAAGGAGUGUACCCAUGAAUUCAGUGGCGAUCCAGCAUUUUUUUCUUCUUGUGGGAAACUUUUUUAAACUAUGUUCCAGUGUGGAAUGAUGGCUUAUCUUGUAUACGCUCAGCUCGGUUAGAAAGAGCAUUAGGAAUUACACUUGGCAGCUCUUACAAUAAUUAUAAUAGUGCUCUAAUAUGUGUAACAUAGAUAUGCUGGAAUGUUUAAAAAUAUAUAAUAAUUUUUAGAAUUUGCUCACCAAUUAUGCAGAUCACCAGAUUUUCGUUUCUGGAUACCUGAUCAAAUAGUUUGAAAAAGAAAAAUGAAUUCAAACCACCUACAUUCAAUACCAAGAUACAAGCAAACCCAAUUCCAUGCCAUUAGUAUCUUAAAUCAACAGAAUACUUAAACUUGCAUUAUAAUAUAAUGAAACUAUGAUUUAGGAUGAACUGAUUAAAAUUGAGGUUUCUGAGCUUAAAUUUAAAUAUAUUAUAUUUGAACCUAAAUAUAAACUUUAAGCUCAAAAACCUCAAUUUUAAUCUGUUCGUCCUAAAUCAUGGUUUCAUUUUUGUAUCAAUAUAAUAUUACUGUUGUAUGGGUUUACCCUAAAAUUUUGAAUUUGUAUAUGUAUUUUUUUUUUCUUUGUAGUCUUUGUGCAGUGUAAUAGACCUAGGUAUAUUGUUAAAUUGAAUCAUUUGUAAUGUAUCAUUUGGAAUGUAUCAUUCAAGGAGAACAUAACAUAGAGUGAAAAACGUGAGAGACUGAGUUAUUAUUAUUAAUAUACUGUAGUAAACUUUGGUUUUAAUCGUGUACCGUUGAAUAUUUGGGUAAGAUUAAGGAAUUGCCUCACUUUUGGGACGUGUGAUAUUGUAUGGUGUUAAAAUUUAUGUUUAAAUUAUUGUAGAUUAAUUUGUUUAAUUAUGAUAUUUUCCCCUAAAAUUGAGCUCGUCAAUAUAAUUGAAUUAUUGUUUUUUUGUAAUUGUUUACAAUGUCAUUAUUAUGUAUUAUGUUUAUUAUUAAUUUAUUUGAAUACUAUUGUAUAAAUUAUUAGUAGGAUUAUAUAAUUUGUAUUAAUGAUCUGUAUUCAUGCCUAUUAUGGAAUGUUGAUAUCUUCAGCCUAAUGAAAUAUUAUGGAUACGAAUAAUAUGAUAG